UGAACUCGAGGAUCUGCAUCAUGGUAGACAAACUUCAAUUUGACGGAAAUUACUGGAUACUGUGCCACGAUAUACCAGAAUAUAGAUCUCGGAAAGCAUCCGCGCCUGUCUACAACCUGGUUUCCAUCUCAUAUAGCAUGCUCACCUCAAGUGGUCCAACGAGAAUCGCGAAUUCGUUGACAUGGCAUCUCCGCCGUACGGUGGAUGCCUCCAGCGAAUCAGAGCCUAUCAAUACGCAAUCUUUGGGCGGGAGGCUGAUCUACAACGCUCUCUACGACAGCGUAGUGACAAAAUUUGGCGACACUGGAUGAGGAAUAUUGUCGACCGUGUAUUUUUCACCGACCACGAACCUUUGUCUCAUUCGCGUCGCACGAGAUCAUCAUCGAUUUGGGGUGCAGUUACGGUUCUCACUAGCAUCCACGAUGUCAGGGUCAUCCCUCGUGUUGCACUAUCAAACACGCUCAGCUCCCAGCAAUUGCGCACAACCCAGACAUUUUUGCACGGUUUUGCAGUAAAGGCAAAAGUUCCGGUAAGCCUGGUGCAUGCGGGCCUUCGCGGCUUGCUAAAUUUCUGCAUCUUGAUGUGCAACACUCUAUCAAGACACUUCGCCCGAAGUACUCGUGAGAUCGAGUGGUAAUGUUGAUAAUGUACUUUGGACCUGCAUCUGUGAUUGUUAGCCUCGUUCCCUGCUUUGCUGCACAAAACCGGAUUAGUUUCAGGAGUCGGCAUGAGUUCUAUACGUUCGAGUAUUGAGAAGUAAUAAUUACUUGCGUUGCAAUUGCUGACUCGACCGAUGUCUC